AUGGGCCUAGAGCUCUACAUGGACCUAUUGUCAGCACCAUGCCGUGCUGUCUACAUCUUCGCCAGGAAGAAUGGCAUCCCUUUUGACUUCCAAUUCGUCGAUCUCCUGAAAGGUCACCACCAUAGCAAGGAAUACAUCAAGAUCAACCCCCUGAGGAAGCUUCCCAGCCUCAGAGAUGGAAAGUUCAUCUUAUCUGAAAGUGUGGCCAUCCUCUUCUACCUGUGCCGCAAGUACAGCGCGCCUUCCCACUGGUACCCGCCAGACCUGCACAGGCGCGCCCGUGUGGAUGAGUUCAUGGCCUGGCAGCACACCGCCAUUCAGCUGCCCAUGAGCAAGAUACUCUGGAUCAAGUUGCUAAUCCCAAUGAUCACCGGUGAGGAGGUCCCUCCUGAGAAGACAGACCAGGUCCUAGAAGAGGCGAAGAAAAACCUGCAGCAAUUUGAGGAGAAGUUUCUGGAAGACAAGAUGUUCAUCACCGGAGACCACAUCUCACUGGCUGACUUGGUGGCCCUGGUGGAGAUGAUGCAGCCUAUCGGGGGCAAUCACGAUGUCUUCAUGAGCUCCAAGCUGGCUGAGUGGCGCAUGCGGGUGGAGCUAGCCAUCGGCUCUGGCCUCUUCUGGGAAGCCCACGACCGGCUGGUGAAGUUACCAGAUUGGGACUGUUCAACGUUGGAUCCAAUGAUCAAGGAGAGGAUCUGUGAUUUUCUGCAGAAGUACAAGUGA